AUGAGGCUUCUCGAACCUAAAAAGCUCCUUGAAGUCGAAGCCUCCGAUAGCGUCGAAGAUGUUGUACAUCGGGGCCAGAGCCAUGAUCUGCAUGCAUUCAUCAUACCGCUCAUAGCGGAUUCUACCUCGUUCAAGGCGCGCCAUUCCCUCGGUUCGUAGCGUUUACGGGGUGGAGGCUCCGAGGCUCAGCCGUUAGGUUUUCGGUCUUGCGCUGAGUGUUUUUUUAAAAUCGAGAUUUCGCCGCUGCUGAGCUCCGAAAGGAACCCUAAAAUGCAUAAACGAAACGAUACAUUUUCGAAAAGCUCUUGACAAGACGGUUUCAACGCCGCCGUUUUUGGCGCUGUGACUGUUCCGGCAGUUGAGAAAUCGAGCGUCGAAAAUCGGUCAAGGGGGUGUGUUAUCUUGUGUCAUAUACGGUACAUCUGAAAAUGUACAUGUCUACAUGUUGGAGCGCUCUAGGACACGAGCUACAUGCACGAGACUGUUCCGAUGUGUACAGAAUCCUCACAUGAAAGACAUGCUCCUGCUAUGUAUACGUGUUGGGGCUAGAGCCAGACAGCCAGCUUCAGGCAACAUACACUCAUCGUGGGUGGUACUCUCGCGACUCACUUGAUUCCGUAGACGCUUCGUUAUGACCGCGCCUCCCGAGCUCCUCUCGGCUGCCUUGGCAAAGUCGACCGCCCCGAUACAGCGAGAGUGAUGGUACCCGCAGAGACCGGGGUGCUGCUGCGCCGCGGUCUUCCUUUCCGCAAGGUUGUUGAUCUCGGGUAGGGGCUGCGGCUCUGCUGCUCCGUGUUGACGGUAGCGCUGUCCUACCGCCCGGGCUGCAGCCGUGGCGUCGGGAAGUUGGUCUGGCGUAGAGUUUGCGAUCACCAGCAGCUCAUCCCAGACAACACGUGGAGCCGUUUCGGGAUGCCAUUGGUCUGCUAUGUGCUGCCAAAACUGAGCAACUUCCUCUCGGUCCAUGAUGAUGGUAGUGAUUGGGUUACUUCUGCUGCUGCUGCUGUUGUGCCUAAAGGUAGAGAGGUAGGAGCGGCAAGGAGACUAUCGUCCCGGGCCACUUUUCGCUCACAAUAGCAAGAGUGUUCGGGACUUCAGCUCCGAUCACAUCUCCGAUCGUCCCGCUUUAUCUGUAGUGUUUUUAUUCUAUUUGACCCGAUAUUUGUUAUUUUGGGAUUCGUACACACAGCAGUUGGAUUUAGACUUUUCUUCGUUUUGUGCCCAAGUUAUCGCUAGCGCACAGGAGUAAGGGUCCACCUUGCGAUGCCUCUCGACGGAUCCCCUCUACGUGUGCGUCUCGGCUUCUCUUUUUCACCGAAUGUCAUACCACGAGGCCUGCUGCUACUGCUACUGCU